AUGCAUACAGCAGGUGCCCGUGAACCGGGGUUAUCCGCAGUAAAUGAAACAGUAUGGAAACGAGCAUCAGUAUUUUCUGCUCGACAUAGUCUGGGCACCACUCUUAAAGAUAAUGAGUCUCGGCUGGAGCAUUCAGCAUUUCACCUCCGAGAAUCCGUUGGAAGAGCUCAAUACGUGGGUGAACACUUACUCAAUGCAAUUACAGGAUAA